AUGACGAUGAUCUCGCAUGUGUGUAUUCUUUCGUCCUUUUAUUUAAGAGACGCGAAGAGAAUAAAAAGCAGUUGGUCUCCUCCUCAAAAGAAGAAGAGAAUAACAAACUCUCAUCAACUCUUGUUGUCUUCAAACGGACACCCCGGAUUUGGUACUAAAGAGAAGCGUGCGAUGAUGAUGACGUCUUCUUUGUUCGGGGUACUCUCGUCGACGUCGUCGUCGUCUUCUUUAUUGAAGAAGAUGAAAGAGAAUAAAACAAAUGUGAUGAGUGUGCGCCGUCGUCAUCAUCAACGACCGCAUCAGCAUCAUCAUCAUCACGCCUCGGAAACGAAGCGCGAUGGCAGAAGAGCAGGUAAGGCGUUGAGUGUGGCGGCGGUGAUGAUGCCGUCGUUAUUACCAUCUUCGCAUCAGCAUCAGCAUCAGUCGUCGUCAUCAUCAUCAUCAUCGGUAGUUAGUUUGGAUAAUAAUAAUAAUACUAUUAAGAGAGGCAAAGUCGCCGCCAAAGCGGCUGCUGCUGCGCGGGAGUAUCAUCGUCAGCAGCAGCAGAGCGAAGAAGACACAACAAUUUCAAGUGUAAAUUCGACGACGACGAGGACGAUUCAGGAGAGAGUUUUGAACGAGAAUAACGCGAGUCAAAAAAGAAGAAACAAACUUUUGGGUCUCUUCGGGAAGGGCUCGAUGAUGUUUGUACUCGUCGCGAUGAUGGUAACCGCGUCGGCGUUGCUCUUCCCGGAGACUGCUUUGGCGAAAUCGAAAGCGGUCAUCGCGGAACAAUCCUCCGGAUUCUCCGUUAAAGUCAUCCUCGAUUGGAUUUUACAUCUGGAUAAACACUUGGUGGAGUUGUUCGCGACGAGCGGGAAGAUGGCGUACGGGGUGUUAUUCGGGAUUAUCUUCGCGGAGACUGGGUUCGUGGUGACGCCAUUUUUACCCGGGGAUUCUUUGUUGUUCGCGUGCGGCGCGUUAGGCGCAAUAGGGGUGUUGAACUUCCCGUUGGUGUACGGGUUGCUCUUCCUCGCGGCAGUUUUAGGGGAUACGGUGAAUUACAUGUGCGGCUCGUUCUUCGGGGAAGUCGCGAUUAGGAAGAACCCGAGAAUUUUCAAACCAGAUUACAUCGCCAAGACGAGAACGUUUUACGAUAAAUACGGGGGGAGAACGGUCGUUCUCGCUCGCUUUUUUGUCAUCGUGAGAACGUUCGCGCCGUUUAUCGCCGGCGUCGCCAAGAUGAACUAUUCCAAGUUUGCGUUGUACAACGUCAUGGGCGCCGGCGUUUGGAUUACCUCGUUCAUGGGACUCGGGUACUUUUUCGGGAACGUUCCCGUGGUGAAAGAAAACUUUGCGACGACAAUCGUGGUGAUCAUUUUGUUGUCCUUGUUGCCGAUUAUUGUGGAAAUUGUGAACCAUAAGAAGGAUUCGUCAGCUAACUCGGCGUCGGCGUAA